ACCCUGACACCUGAUUUCAUUUUCCUUGAAUUCUCCAAUAGCUCUGGAACACAAGUGUUAUUCUGUGUUGGGUUCCUUGCUAUGUAUACUCUGACACUUUUGGGAAAUGGCCUUAUUAUCACCCUCACCCUGGUUGACUCAGCCCUUCACACACCCAUGUAUUUCUUCUUAAGGAACUUGUCCUUCUUAGAGAUCUGCUACACCUCAGUGACCCUCCCCAAGAUGGUGGUCAAUUUUGUGUCUGAGUCCAAGAGCAUCUCCUUUGCUGGUUGUGCUGCUCAGAUGUAUUUUCUUCUCUCGCUUGGAACAGUUGAGUGCUAUCUGUUGGCUGCCAUGGCCUAUGACCGCUACAUGGCCAUCUGUUCCCCACUGCAUUAUCCACUGAUUAUGAAUCAAAAAGCUUGUGCUCAGAUGACAGUUGCCUCCUGGCUAUGUGGCAUUGUGAUGCCUCUUGGCAAUGUAAUUUGGAUAUUCACCUUGCCCUACUGUGGUCCCAAUAAGAUUAACCACUUCUUCUGUGAUGUGCCACCAGUGCUGAAGAUGGCUUGCACUGACACCACAAGGAAUGAGAUGUCAAUUCUUGCAUUCAGUGUGCUAAUCACAUUAUCUCCGUUCCUGCUGGUGCUGGUUUCCUACAUUCGAAUCCUUUUCACUGUACUGAACAUGCCAUCAGCUGAAAGUAGGCACAAAGCCUUCUCUACUUGCUCAUCACAUCUCAUAGUAGUUACCUUGUUCUACGGUUCUGCCAGUGCCAUGUACCUGCGUCCCAAAUCCAGUCACAUUGAGGACAUAGACAGGCUGGUUGCUCUAUUCUAUUCCAUUGUUACACCCAUGCUGAAUCCUAUGAUCUAUAGUCUGAGGAACAAGGAAGUGAAAGAUGCCCUCUGGAGGUUGAGAGGGAAGAACAUGCUUCUCUGUAAACUCGGUAAAUAUAUUUGUUGGAAAAGAAGUUGUAAAAAAUGA